AUGGAAACAAUCGUUGCAAGCCGUAGUGAAAAACUAAAUUUACGGCGAGUUCUAGAAGAUGGAGUUAUCGUUUAUCUCAGUUCGCCAUGUAGGGAUUUGGAUGGUUUCAAUAGUAAUUUGGUUCUAAAAUUAAAAUCAAUUGUCAGCAAUGUUGAAGUAUUCAUCGAUCCAGACUCGUGUGCUGAUUUUAUUAUGAAUGUACAGUAUGAAAAAAUAUUCUGGAUCGUUUCUGACGCAGACGGGCAGAUUGUGAUUCCAUUUCUACAUGAACUAUCUCAAAUUUAUUCUAUCUAUGUCCUUAGUGACAAUAAUGGACAAGAUUGGAUAGGAAGCUACCGAAAAAUAAAAGCAUCUUUUCAAGACACUGAAGCUCUAUGUACACGAAUAAGAAAGGACGUAAAACAAGUUGAACGACAGGUUACUGCAAUUAGCAUUCUAGGCGAUUUCACUACCAUGGAUUUGAAUCAACUGGAGCCAUCGUUUAUGUAUUCUCAUUUGCUGAAAGAGAUCAUUCUCGACAUGAACUAUACUGAUGAAGCCAAAGAUGAGUUUGCUGAAUACUGCCGAGUCAUGUACUACGACAACCCAUGGACAUUAAAUAUGAUAGAGCUGUUCGGUAAAGAAUAUCUUCUUCAUAGUCCGGUGUGGUGGUAUACUCGUGAUAUUUUUCUCUAUCGAUUACUCAAUCGAGCAUUAAGAACGCAAGAUAUCGAUAUGAUUUGGAAAAUUGGUUUCUAUAUCAAAGAUUUACAUAAACAACUAUUGGACUUGUAUAUAAAAGGCAUACAAAUAUCGCAUACAGUCUAUCGUGGUCAAAGUAUGCUGAUUGACGAGUUCCAAAACCUGAAGAAAAAUGCAGGUGGUCUUCUAGCUUUUAAUUGUUUUCUCUCGACGACUACUGAUCGUUUGUUAGCAAUGGGUUUUGCUAUUGGAGCAGUAAGUGAUCCGACUCUGGCAGCAAUUAUUUUUGAAAUUGACAUUAAUGAUAAUAAAGAAGUAUUGAGUCCGUUUGCCCUUCUAAAUGGACUAAGUUUUUUUGAGUCUGAGAAUGAAAUUCUCUUCUCAAUGCAUAGUAUCUUUCGGAUUGGCGAGAUCGCACAAUUGGAUAAUGGAGUAUGGAAUGUUAAGUUGAUCUUAACGCACGAUGAUGAUGCAGAUCUUCGACGUUUAAUGACUGUAAUGCGUCGGGACGUCGAAGGAUCUACAGGCUUGUAUCGCCUUGGCCUACUGAUGGCCAAGAUGGGCGAAUGGGAUAAAGCAAAAGAUGUCUAUGAGCUGCUUGCAGAGAAAACUAGCGAUGAUGAAAAUUCUAUGCUUGCUUCUCUUCAUCAUCAAUUAGGUGUUAUUUAUUAUCAAAAGGCCGAUUUACAAAAUGCUCUCAUACAUUAUCAAAAAUCGCUAAACAUCAGUUUGAAAUAUCUCUCAUCGGAUGCCCUUCGUCUUGCACCGACCUACACAAACAUUGGCAUUACAUUUUGCAAGCAGGGUGACCUCGACCGAGGCAUUGGCUAUUAUCAACAGGCACUUAACAUUGAAACAAAAGCGGCUGAUCCGAACCAAGAGCAAAUCGCAAUUCUUUACAAUAACAUUGGUUCCGCUCUCCAAGACCAAGGCCAAAUUCGUGAGGCACUCAACAAUUAUGAGCAAGCAUUACAAAUAAACAUGACUAUUCUUCCAGAAAAUCAUCCUAGUUUAGCUAUUCGGUAUAAUAAUAUCGGAAUGAGUUAUUAUGAUUUAAAAGAUUAUGCGAAAGCUUUGUUCAAUUUUAAAAAAUGUCUGAACAUCGAAGAAAGAAGUUUACCUCCGUAUCAUCCAUCAUUAAUUCGAACGAACAUUAAUCUCGCAUCGACAUAUGAAAAUUUACAUCAAUAUGAUGAAGCAUUAAAACACGCAGAACGAACAGUUGCAAUAGCAAGACAUUGUUCACAUGCAAAACUAGGCUCAUAUGAAAAUUAUUUGGAACAAUGUAAAGAACGUAUUAAUUCCAAUUCAGAAUAA